GUUUGGUUGUUAAUUUGAGUAAGAAAUGGAUCAUUCAAUGACCUUCACAAACACAAUCAUUGCUAACCUGGAGGAACUUGAUGAAUGAAAGAGAAUGAACUGAAGAGGGAACACUCUGAUCUAUCUAGAACCUUCAAGCUUGUGUUGGAAACUCAACAAAACAAGGUUAAGCUGCAUUAAUAUUUAGUGGAGUUAUGAACUUAUGAUGGAUUGCAUUUCUGGUUUUGCCUCUUCCAUUUCAAGAGAUUUGGUGGUAGGAACAACAAAUCAAUUGCGCUAUCCUUGUUGCUUCAAUGAUUUCAUUGAAGACCUUGAACAAGAGGAAGAAAAGUUAAUCACAACAAGGAACAGUGUUGAAGACCGAGUUAAACAUGCCAGAAAACAAGUAAUAAAGAAUGCUGAAGUUGUGAAUGCAUGGUUGGAGAAAUCUAACCCUCUCAAAGAUAAAGCAGAGGAGUUAAUAAGAAAAGCAAGAACAAACAGGAGUUGUUGUUUUGGCUACUGUCCAAAUUGGAUUUGGAAGUAUCAUCUAGCCAAGAAGUUAGCAAAAAGAAGAAAGGAAGUUGAAAUGUGUGUUCAAGAAGGUAAAAUGUAUAUACAAUAUGAAAGGAUUGCUUCACUUCCAAGCAAGCAACAUUUCUUGGAAAAUUGUUUGAAGUUUGAUAGCAGAGAAGGUGACUAUGAGGAGCUUCUAGAGGCACUAAAAGAUGAUGAGGUUACUACUAUUGGAUUGUAUGGCAUGGGAGGUUGUGGUAAAACCACCAUGGCUAUGGAACUUAUGAGGACUGCAGAAGCUGAGAAUCUAUUUGAUAAGGUGCUUUUUGUGUCUGUGUCUAAUAUAGUAGAUGUCAGGAAGAUUCAAGAUAGAAUUGCCAGUGCUUUGCAGUUUCAGUUUCCAGAAGGAGGAGAAUCGGAGAGAGCACAGCGCUUGCGCGCGAGAUUGAAUCUUGAUGACCAGAGAACUCUUGUCAUUCUAGAUGAUUUAUGGCAAUCACUUGAUUUUGGUGUUAUAGGAAUUCCAUCAGGUCAAAACCAUAGAAACUGCAAGGUUCUCAUCACUACACAAUAUGAAACAGUUUGUAGUCUGAUGAAUUGUCAAAGAAUGAUUUACUUAUCAACCUUAACUGAUGAAGAAGCGUGGGAGCUUUUCCAGAAUCAAGCACAACUAUCUGGAAGCACUUCGGAUAACUUGAAGCAUCUGGGAAGACUGAUUUCAGAUGAAUGCAAAGGAUUGCCUGUUGCUAUUGCUGCUCUGGCUAGCACUUUGAAAGGCAAGGCUGAAGAUGAUUGGAAUGUUGCAUUGGUUAGAUUGAGGAAUUCAAUUCCGGUGAAUAUUGAGAGAGGUCUGAAAGAUCCUUAUAAAUGCUUCAGAGUAAGCUAUGACAACUUGGAUACCAAAGAAGCCAAGUCACUUUUCUUGUUGUGUUCUGUGUUCCCUGAAGGUUAUGAAAUCCCAGUUGAAACUCUAAUUAGAUUUGCAAUAGGACUUGGCAUGGUUGGAGAAGUUUGGUCAUAUGAGGAGGCAAGGAAUGAAGUAUGUGCAGCUAAGAACAAACUCAUAAGUUCUUGUUUGCUAUCAGAUAUUGGAGGAGGAAAGCGUGUCAAGAUGCAUGAUUUGGUUCGCGACGUAGCCCUUUGCAUUGCAAACAAUGACAACAAGGUGAUCAAGUGUGUGUUAGAAAAUAGUGCAAUUUUGGAAUCCAGAUCAAUAAGGUAUCUGUUGUGUAAGGAGUUUCCAAGUGAACUAAACUGUUCAAGUAUUGAACUUCUAUGCUUAGAAACAAAUUCAGAAGUAUCAGAUGAAAUGUUCAGAACAAUGGGAAGGCUUCAAGUUUUGUUUCUUAGCUGCAAAGGCCUUGGUACUAGCUCAUUAUCAACCAUGUCGUUUAAGUGGUUGAUAAACCUUCGUUGUUUAUGGCUGAAGAUGUGGAAAUUAGGUGACAUCUCUUCCAUGGGAUAUAUGACAAAGCUCGAAAGCCUUACGCUGCUUGGUUGUUCAUUCUUGGAGUUAACUGAAGAUGUAAUGGCACAACUAACAAAAUUGAGGCUGCUACAUUUGUCAGAAUGCAAAAUGGAGAGAAAUCCUUUUCAAGUAAUCGGAAGAAGGCCAUCAUUGGAAGAACUUUACAUUGAUGGUGAGACAUCUAAAUGGGACAAUGGUAAUGGAGGCCAAACUGAAUUCUUCAGAAAUUUUAGAGUCCCUCAAGCAUUGGCAAGGUACCAUAUACAACUAGGACACAAAUUUAAGGGUCAUGGAGAUAAAAUCCUUAGCUGUCGUAGAACCUUAAUUCUUAGCUGUUUUGAUACAUCAAAUGCAUCAGCUGUGGCUUUGGCAGAGAAAGCAGAGGUUCUGCUUCUAGCAAAUAUUGUUGGAGGUGCACAAAAUAUCACACCUGAUAUAUUCCAAAUUGAAAGAGAAGGAUUUAUGGAUUAUGGCUGUAUUCAGCUUUGGUUAUGUGAUUCUGAUGAGAUCAAGUGUUUGGUUGAAAACAGCAAUCAUCCCCAACAAAGGCUGAGAAAUAUGUUCUCCAGGUUGCGGCAACUAAGACUCGAAAGAAUGAAGAAUUUUGGAGCUUUAUAUCAUGGUGUGCCUCCUAUUGGCCUUUUUGAGAAGCUAGAGCAUCUAUAUAUAAGCAAAUGUCCACUGAAAACAUGUCUCUUCACACCUGCGAUUGCUCGAGGUCUGCAACAGUUGGAAAAGCUAGAGAUAUUUUCAUGUGAUGAACUGAAGCAUAUACUUGAAGAUGAGGAGAUAAGUGGACAGGACCAUAGGGUGAUCUUCUCAAAAUUGAAAAAACUUCAUAUUAUGGGGUGCCAAAUGCUAGAAUAUGUAAUCCCAGUUACUUUUUCUCAAGGCCUUGUGCAAUUGGAGUCUUUGGAUAUAGAUUAUUGUGGUGAGUUGAAAUAUGUGUUUGGAGAAUGCAGCACAGAUGGUGAUACAAGUCAUCAAAAUGGAAUCAACAUCGAGUUUCCUGCGCUUCAGGUGCUUCGACUUACUGAUAAUUGGAACAUGAUUGGCAUUUUCCCCCAGUGUUACAGUGCAGAGUGGCCAUCUCUGCAUAAGUUUUAUUUGGAAUAUUGUCCAAAGCUUAAGAUAAUGUCCAUCAAUACUUUCAAGGCUAAUGAAUGCAAGGACACAGUGGCCAUUGAGAAGGACUUCCUCUCUUGGGAAACCAUAUGUAUACACAAGUCCAAAGUAGAAACUAUUUUUAGCCUCGAACAGGCCGAGAUCAUUGAGCAACCGGUGAGAUUACAGUUAAGACAUCUAGAACUUUCGCAUCUACGUCAGAUGAAGUAUAUUUGUGUAGGUUUGAAAAACUUUUUUGUCUUCCAAAAUCUAAAGACAUUAGAGAUCAAAAGAUGUGAAAAGUUGGAGGUAACCUUUCCUGCUUCUGUUAUGAGAUGCCUUCCAGAAUUGAAGCAUCUAAAGAUUAUAAAAUGCCGGGAACUGAAGUUGAUCAUUGAAGAGGGUGAUGCAGAGAAUCACAGAUUAUCAAAUUGUGUUCCUCCACAGCCAUGCUUCCCAAAGCUGUCUGAACUGAUUAUUACAGACUGCCAGAACUUGGAAAGUUUAUUCCUUGUCUCCGAAUCGAAUGACCUUCCCAAUCUAGAAGUUCUCAUCAUAGUUGGAGCUGGUAAGCUAAAAGAAUUGAUCAGAUGUGAAGAAAGACAAAGUGAUCAAAUAAGAAACGUGCAAGUUAAGCUUCCAAAGCUUAAACUUCUAAUGCUGAUGUCCAUGUCUAAUCUUUGCCAAGAAAUUGAACUGCCCUCUGCAGCACUUUGUGUCAUCGAUGAAUGUCCAAAAUUCCCUCUGACUUCAUCGGUUGCUACCUUCAAGGAGUUUGAACGAAAAAUCUCUGAAUUGGAUAUAGAUCUGGAGGAUCUGGAAAUAGCUGGAAUUGACCAAUGGAAAGUACUCGACAGGGUUCGCGAGAUUAAUAAAUCGGAUCAGAUUGAAGAAGAAGAAGCAGAGAUCAAAAUUGUUGGAAAAUCUUCUUAUUUUGAUAUACCAUCUACAUCUACAAGUCCCUUGGACAUUGCUGUACAUAAAGCACACUCACAUAGUAUUGAAGGAAUAGAGAAAACCUGUGUUGGAGAAGUUCCAGCAUCACUGAAGCCAAUAUCACCAAUUUUUGGUUCAGAAGUAGUAGCAAAACCUCUAUAUAAAAUACCCUCUAUUAAUGUUGAGGACAAGAUUAAAGAAGGCCAAAAAAUGCAGGAUGUUAAAGAUAGUAUCCAAGAGCAAGAGCAACCUCACUUAUCAGAUAAGCAAGUUGUCUCUAAUAGCAAUAUUGAGGUUCAUGGAGAUUCGUCGAUGAUAACGAAAUUGGAAGCAUUUAAGCAGUGUUCUGAUCUUGAUGAUGCACAAAUUGCACUGCUUGCUGAGGCAAUAGCUGUGUAUCCUCAUCUUUGGAAAGUUGUUGAGGAUUUCAGCAUGCGCUUUCAAGCUUGGAUGUUGAAGACUUUGGUAGAUAUAUUAUUCUUCCUUCGGAACGAAUCUCCGGCCAGUGUUACUCCUCAACGGAAGAAGGACUUCCAGAAACUCUGUGAUGAAGCUAUUCAGUUGGGAUUUGACAAGUCAUGGAUUCAUGAAAUGCAUCAACGUGUUAUGGUUAUGGUUAAGGAUACUAAUAAGGUGGAUCAUGCACAAGAACAACUUGGUGAGCUUCUUAAGAAGCAUGAUCAUCUAACUGAGCAACUUCAAAGCAUUAAGGCUGAAAUUGUUAGUCUCAGAGACUUUGUUGCUUCUCACAAAAGAUGUUUUGAUUUUCUUUGAUUUAUUGAAUUGUUUCUUGUGCAAGCAAGCACUCAAUUACAUGCAUGUGUUUUGUAAUAACUACAUACCACUCAGUGCUAUAAUUGAUCAUAGCAAAAUUGUGAUGCAGAAAUUGCUGCACUCAAAAAUUUAGCUUCCUCUUUAUUUUGUCAGGGAUGAAAUUGACAAAAUAAUCUCAAUGACUU